AGGGCCCCAGGAUUUGCCUCUUUGAUAAGAUAGUAAAAACCCAUCUUGCAGUUAACUUCAUGGUUUCCUCAGCUGCACUCAUACACAAGGACCACCUUUGGUAAGAUGGGCUUACUGAAGAGUUAUUUCAGAGUUUUUUCUUUCUAGAUUUUUUUUAUUUUAGAAUUUUUUUUUAUUUCAGAGUUUUUUCUUUUUAGAGGUUUUUCAUUUUAGAGUUUUUUUAGAUUGCUGAGAGUGGAAUUUGGUGACCUUGGGGCCAUGGAGAUGCUCCUUGGCUAAACCAGGGGCUUUAGCUCUGAAAGUUCGCAGCCACCUUGAGAACCAAGAUGAGGGCUCUGCAGUGCCCAGUCUCAAGACCUCUCCGGGGUGCUCAGUCACGACCCAUUGAAUGAAAAACUUAAAGUUAAAAAAAAAGAAAAAGAAAAACUUAAAUUCUUAAUGAUGAACCCAAGAAAACCCUUUAAAUACUAAAUAUGAAAAGAAAGUGUUCUUAGUUACAAUCCAGUCCAGUGUCCUCAUUUCAGAACAUGGAAAUGAGGCUCCGAAGGUAAAAUGACUCAUCCAAAGUCACACAAGGAUGUUGGCCAGUGGCCAAUGCUCAGGUGGCCACGUGCCUUGCCCCACCCUGACUGCGAUCUCAUGGACCACCAGGCCUUUUUCCUUAAGCUUUAGAAGCUUUAGAAGGCGGCUCAGCUCACUCAGAGACAAGUGGUUAAGUAUUCUUUCCCCUCUAGUGUUUGUGACUCAGGAGUUUCGAAACAGGAAGUGCAGCUGGCUUCCGUCCUUCAUUAGACGUUUGCUCUUGUCUUAGAUGCUCAGAUGGGCAGUGGAUAGGCCUGUGAAGAAGGUGCUACUGUCGUGAUAAUAAGAUUGCAUCUUCCUACCUUUUGAAAAGAUGGCCUUCAGCAAAAUGCUUUUUGAUAUUGGGGAAGAACUGGGAAGUGAAGAACUGGCCGCCCUCAAGUUCCUGAGCCUGGACUACAUCCCACAAAGGAAGCAAGAACCCAUCAAUGAUGCCUUGAUGUUGUUCCAGAGACUCCAGGAAAAGAGAAUGUUGGAGGAAAGUAAUCUGUCCUUCCUGAAGGAGCUGCUCUUCCGAAUUAAUAGAUUGGAUUUGCUGAAUAAAUAUCUAGACACUAGCAAGGAGGAGAUGGAAAGGAAACUUCAGACACCAGGCUGUGCUCAGAUUUCUGUCUACAGGGUCAUGCUCUAUCAGAUUUCAGAAGAUGUGAGCAGAUCAGAAUUGAGGUCUUUUAAGUUUCUUUUGAAAAAGGAGAUCUCCAAAUGCAAACUGGAUGAUGACAUGAACCUGCUGGAUAUUUUCAUAGAGAUGGAGAAGAGGGUCAUCCUGGGAGAAGAAAAGUUGGAUGUCCUGAAAAGAGUCUGUGACCAAAUCAACAAGAGCCUGCUGAAGAUAAUCAACGAGUAUGAAGAAUACCUCAGCAAAGAGAGAAGAAUGAGCCUUGAAAGAAGUUCAGAUGAAUCUUCAAAUGGAGAGGAGUUGUUUGGGGUAAUGGCAAUCUCGGACUCUCCAAGAGAACAGGAUAGUGAAUCACAGACUUCGGACAAAGUUUACCAAAUGAAAAGAAAACCUCGGGGAUAUUGUCUGAUCAUCAACAAUUAUGAUUUUCGCAAAGCACGGGAGGAAGUGCCCAAACUCCACAGCAUUAAGGAUAGGAAUGGAACACACCUGGAUGCAGAGGCUUUGAGCAAGACCUUUAAAGAGCUUCAUUUUGAUAUCAGGCCCUACAAUGACUGCACAGCAGAGAAUAUCUUUGAGAUUUUGCAAUCCUACCAACGCAUGGACCACAGUAACAAGGACUGCUUUAUCUGCUGUAUCCUCUCCCAUGGAGACAAGGGCAUCAUCUACGGCACAGAUGGACGUGAGGCCCGCAUAUAUGAGCUGACAUCUCAGUUCACUGGUUUGAAGUGCCCUUCCCUUGCUGGAAAACCAAAAGUGUUUUUUAUUCAGGCUUGUCAGGGGGAUAACUACCAGAAAGGUAUACCUGUUGAGACUGAUUCAGAGGAGCAAUCCUAUUUAGAAAUGGACUUAUCAUCUCCUCAGACGAGAUAUAUCCCAGAUGAGGCUGACUUUCUACUGGGGAUGGCCACUGUGAAUAACUGUGUUUCCUACCGAAACCCUGCGGAGGGAACCUGGUAUAUCCAGUCACUUUGCCAGAGCCUGAGAGAACGAUGUCCUCGGGUUGACGUUUGCACGGCUGGUACAAAAGGAAUGGAAGGCAAAACUGCUGGCUCCUCAGCACAUAUCAAGGCAACAUCACCAAGUUAUACUAGUCUUCUUCACGGUUAUACACUUGGUAUUUUUAAAAAAGCCACAUUAAGAAUGUCCUUGAAGUAGCAGUAAAAAUUAUCUAUUAAAUCUUGAA